CGGUAAAUGCAAAGAACUUCUACUACGAUAUUGAUAUUGUAGGCUACCUGUUGUACGUUGAUACAGCAUGAGUUCGACAACAGCUAAAAUUCUACGUAAACAACGAAGCCAUGUAUUUGGCAUUUAUCAAAUAAUUAAUUAGAUAUUUUAUGCCAGUUUUGAGCAUGACUUCUUAUGAAACAAACAGUGUUGACAACUAUAAGACCUACCGACCAACGCUGCAGUUCUGACAAAUACAGUUCAACGAAUGUAUUAUUCACGUGUUUAUAAACGGUUAUACUUGGUGGAAUUUGAACAUCGUAUGGACCAUACUGAUGUAAAUGCCCCAUAUGAUUUUCUUUAAUGGCAUUAAAUUUCUUUUCCUGUAUAAAAGGGAGACAAUUCUCCAUCAAUCCAAAGAAAAAUCAGGUGGAUAGGGACUUUACUAAAUACAAAAACAGUGAAGUAUUUUCAAGAUCCUGUAAGAUACCAAAGAAGAGAAUUAAUUGUUUUGACUCAGAUAUGGAGCAACAUCCUCCUUCAAAACGUAGGAAAACUGAAGGUGGUUACAGAGGGGAGAUGGAUGACUGGGAUGAUGAUGACUUUGACUUACAAUUUACUCAAGCAGACCUGGAGCACAUAGACACAAUGGCAUCACAGGCAAUAACACAUCCAACAGGUAACAGUAAUAGGAUCACGCAAGUUACACACCAACAGACAGCUUGCACCAACCCAAAUCAGAGCAGCUCGAGGGCCGCACCACAGAAUUUAACUACUCCGAAUCCUGUUUCACUGCCAAUUGGCAGUCGGGGCUCUUUUGUUAAGCCACAAAAUAUUUCCAGCAACAAUUCCUCCUCCUCUUCACGGAAUACAUCAUUGUCUUUCUCAUCCAGAAACACUUCAAGCUCAGCAUCUUAUUCCUCAUCAAGUUCCUAUCCUGUUACACCAAAAUCAGCUGGUAGUCAUCACAGCUCAUCUAGUCUGAAAUCUGAGUCUUCUGUAGAGAUGGCAGUCAGCCAGUUGUCAAGGAGACCAAGUAUCCCUCCUGCUUCCCAUUCAGACUCCCAGACCCAGGAAGUUGUUAGCAAAAGUGUUCAUAGAGAUAGUAAAGACAUCAAUGUUCAGUUACAAGAAGCAAAAAAAGAGCUGUCUAACAAAGAUGGAGAGAUAAAAAUAUUACGAGAUAACUUACAAAAGAAGGAAGGGGAGAUAACUCAGACCAAGAAGGAGAGAAUGCAGGCAUUGGACCAGCAUCAAAGAGAACAAAGUGAACGAGAAAAAAAUCUCCAAGCAAACAUUGACCGACUCAGCACUCAGUUACAGUUUAAGGACAGGGAUAUAGCAGAAUUACAAGGACGGUGUCGUAGUCUGGAGUCAAGACAGCAGCCAGUCGAGGGAGGAUAUGUGGGCAGUAGUCCAAGGAAAGUACCCCAACACAGUCCACGACCAAACAAAGACAAAGCUCACUCUCCUAGUAGUAGUUUUCCAACAAAACACAGUUUCAUGGCUGAUGACCGAUCUCCUAAGGCAAAAGCACGACUGUCAAUGUUACAAGACAGGAGUACAAAAGAUACUGGUACUUGUACUGUGUUGGAUACUGUAACCACCCCUGCCAGCUCCACUCCAGUCACCAGGUGUUUAAGGCGGAGGAGGCUGUUUCUGUCUGUGGCUGAUCAUCCUGGAGGGGUAUUAAAUGGAGCUCAGCUUGUAUCUAGUCUACUGGAUACGUCUCCCAAUGGAGGAGGUGUCGACCAAGGCAUUGUGGGACUGUUACACACGCAAACAGGAAGCUGUGAUCUACAACGUCUCCACUUUGACAGAGACAGCAGCAGUAGCAUGUUGUCCCCUUUACCAAACAGGCCAAGGCCUUCUGACACCAAACCUGCAUUUAAACAGUUACCUUGUGUUGGAUCCUCUGAACACCGAACAUUAGCACUUCAAGGCAUACAGACUUUGUUGUUACACAACAAGCAGUGUGGUGAUGAUUCUUUCAACAGAGUUGGCAUUAGUAUAUUGAGUAAUGCUGCUAAGUCUGAUGCUCCUGUUACUAAGGGUGUGGCCCAUGCUCCCCGAAUAACCAGUGACCAGGAACUUCCCACUGACCAUGGUGCUGUGUUACUGCUGCCCCUACUGGCAGACUACCUUGGACACUACCUUGACCUGCUGUCCUCUGCAGUAGAGGUCAGCCCCCAGAGUCCUCCAUCCUCACGAGGAAGCAGCAGUCUUGACAGUUCAGUAGAAUCACUCAGCAGUUCCUUGUCCCUCCUCCUCAGAGACUCUGGUCUCUUUGCCAACAAUCUGGAGGCUUUAGCUCUUGCUGCUCUAUCCAUUCUUCACAAGCUCGUGUCGUUCUGCCCAAGUGUUCGAGCGGUUUUGCUUGAAUCACCUGAAUCUCACACAAACACAAGUGUAAGGGAGAGUGGAGCAGUACAGGUAAUUGAAGAUAGGCAUGGAGAUGUAUGUACAAACUUUGAUACUAGUAUUUCCUCCUCUGGGUCAUGUUCAAGGUCACAGGUGUCAGACUUGGAAGACAUCUACUUGCUGAGAAAAAUCUUCAGCCUUGCUAACCCUGGGCAGGGGGUAAUUGAAGAUAGGCAUGGAGAUGUAUGUACAAACUUUGAUACUAGUAUUUCCUCCUCUGGGUCAUGUUCAAGGUCACAGGUGUCAGACUUGGAAGACAUCUACUUGCUGAGAAAAAUCUUCAGCCUUGCUAACCCUGGGCAGGGGGCACACAAAUAUAGUGUCCGUGUUGUAGAAAGAGCCUUGGACAUUCUGACAGUGUUAGCAACACACCUUAGUGAAGAUCAGGUCCCACAGCUACUUCCCUUGCUCCACAGCAGUGUGCUAGCUAAUUGUAUAGAUUGUGAAAGUGAUCGGUCUGUGGUUGUACGAGGAAUGAAGUUGCUGACUGCACUGGUCAAGUUUAACUCCUUUGUGUCCAGCCUGUAUGUAGGGCCUGAUGGCUGUCUCCUUUGUCUUUUGUACAAUGUGUGUAGUGGCACUAUGGUUAAGGUCUCCUCAGAAUAUUGUCUACAGGCCAGCAUACAACUUUUCCAUUGUCUCUACAACAUAAUCAGUGUUCACAAAGGAGGGGCAGUUCUCCUUCUACAGAGUGACUGUAGGUGUAGUGUACAGGUAAUACGUACAGUAGUUGUGGUGCUGCACCGCCUUCUUCUGUUGUAUGAGGAGGGAGAGAAGGAUGGAUUGGGUAGUGAGGGACAGGAAAACCUGCUGGUUCAAUUAAGACAAGGACUGCUGUUGUUACAUGCACUUUACCAGAGAGAUGAUCACUUCGCUGAACACCAUUACCUCGUGGAACACCAGUAUGUCAGACUGAUCACAGGACUCACUACCGUCUUCAAACGACUCGCAGCCAAUCAUUCCCAUGAAUUAAGUGCUUUGGGAGAUUUGUGGGACUUUGAUGAAGAUUAUAAUGAAUUAUCACAGGAAAGUGAGGGUGAUGAUGAAGAUAUUCAACAAAUGGACAGCUCCUGACCCUUAAUUAUAUAUAAGAACCACUGGUAUUAAAGAAUUCACCACCACAGGCCAUCUCACACAAAUGCUUAUAUUGUACAUCAGUCAUCACAAUUUCAGAAUUUGACAGUCUGUUUCUAUUGCAGUCUCUGCACGUUAUGAAUGUUUUGUUAACAUUAAUGGAGAACCAUUUAAGAGAUAAAUCAGAACUUGAUUGUGUGAAAGGAAUAUUUAUAGUAGUUAAAACAGUUAUUUAUGUGCAAUACAAAAAGGUAAAGCAAUGUACCACAUACAGCAGUAUGUUGGGAAUGUUAGAUAUCAAAUACUGUGUGUAAAGACAGUAUUUAUUCUGCAAUAAGUAUUUAUUCUGCAAUAAGCUCAGGAGACCAACAAAUAUAUUAUUUCUGACUCAAAUAUAUUAUUUCUGACUCAAAGUCAGUGGAUGUACAAUGAAAUUAUAUUUAUUGGUAAUUUUGCUGAACAAUUAAAUAUGAUAGUCUGUUGUGGUGUGAGAACCUCAUCUUAUGUCAAAUAUUGAUUGUUAAGAGUGUGCCCCAACAUAAUGACAAAUUUAUGGUAUGGAGUAAGAUAUUGAUUGAACUAUAAUAUUUUUAUCAACUAGCAAAGUCAACAGUAUCAUAGGAAAGUUGUUCAUAGAUAAGAUGUUCUAUUAAGAUUUCCUUAUUAUUUAUUCUGCAAUUUAACUACAUGUAUAUUAUGUGAUGCUUAAUUACAUAUACAUAUACAUUUAUUAUUAAAUAAAAUCGACAGUAAA